CACGACUUUGGACAUAUCAGUGAUCGAUCCAAACAAGCAGAGAAAAACCCAGAGGCAUUCACACUCAACUAGGCAAAAGAGAAAAAUACAGAGCUUCUAAGGAUAAUCGAGGGACUCAUAGAUUUAGUACCAAACACCCAUAAGAAAAUCAAAGCGGUGGUAAGGAGAAUAAUAAUAAUAAUAAUAAUAAUAAUUUAUUCACAAAAAAAUACAAUAAUAAUUACAAUUACAAAGUAUUAUACAAAUUUAAAAAACGGUAUCUGUGAAUAAAACAUACUCGAUAAGCGUAUAAACGCUUGUUUCGAAAAAACAAAAGAAAUAUAUUUAAAAUCUAAAAUAAUAUUUAAAAGUAACAUAAAUUACUAAAAUCGAUUUAAACAUAAAUAAAUUAAAAAUAUAACAUAAUUUAUUUUAUUAUUUAUUUUAACGAAAACCUAAAACGCUUCGCUAAAAACUAAAUAAACUACUUAUAACCCAACUGCUUAACCGACUAACUAGUAAUCAUGUUCACCAACGACGAACCGAACGUAACACAAAAUGCUACUUCGAUCAUCUCUACCGAACCCUCUCAGCUUAAAGCUGAUAAUGUAUCUACUCCAGCGACCCCUCCCCUCGCUCUCGUCCCUAAGCUUCCCCCCACCCCAUCCACUAAACCAAAUAGUGUGAUAACUGCUCCCCCCGUGUCAAUGACUGCUAACGCUAUCGCAACCAGCAUCUCAAAGAAGCUCCAGCCCAUCCCCGAAGACAGCUCUUCAAAAGAACCAGUCCCCGAAAUAGAUUUAAUAUCCAUUCUUAAAAUUUCAGAAAGAAUUGAACUAAAUCUUGGCAUCCCCUUCACUAUUGAUGUCCAACCAGACACCAGGUACACUCUCCAAUACCUUACCCAAUGCGUAAGUCUCCAGUACCCCGACCUUAACGUGAAAUCUUACAACUAUGUAAGUACUUUCUCUCUAAUAGGAUACGACAUACUCUGUAUCCAUGCAGCUCUCCUCUAUUGUGACCUCAACAAGCGCAAUCAAAGACCAUUCCAUUCUAGAAUAUAUACAACAGACAUGAAUAGGAAAGAGUUUUACGACUCACUCCUCCGUCUAAACAUUUCAUCUAGAACUCGGCCCUUAAUUGAUAAUUUAACGUCCACUUACGACGAACAGCUUGUCCAGCUACAGUAUUCACCAGGAUACGCAGGCUUUAAAUUCCUCACGGAUUUUGGCCGUACGAUCCCUGCCCUACUUAUGCUUUAUGCUCACCAAGUCCUGGCCUCAUUUCCAACAAAUGCUCAGCCUAACUCCGUUUUAGUAGAACUCUUUCAGCAAACCCUCACAGUAAUCGAUGGUAGUGCAUACACUAUCUCCAACUUACUUGGCGGCCCUUAUCUGUUCCAAAAUCCCACAGAAAUUCAUGAAAAUUGGCUUCUCUCUACUUUCGAGCGAAUAUUCAACCCCGUGAUCAAUAGGUCCCUAGCAACACGACCCAGUCUCGCUAAACCUCAUUUUUCUCCAAUUAUUUUCGACUCUUACAAUUCAGUUAAUCCAUACGAUUAUACUCUUGGCUAUUGCCUCGAGAAUAAAACGACCCUUAUGAAAAUGCUAAAGAAUAUCUCUGACUUCAUCAAGACAGAGUCUCCAAAUUGUUUACCACUCAAGGACAUUGUUAAAAAUAGUACGAGUUCACUCGUCCAAACCCAUUUUUUAACUGUUCCAUCUCUCCCCACCUGGCACCAUCUCCCCUUAGGUAAAGAGCUUGAUCAAGCUCAAUACCAAACCGACACCGAGUUCGCUCGCACUAUCGGCUUCAUGCCAUCCACCAGAGUUGUUCACAAUUCCUUCCUCGCAUACAACCACUUUCCUUGCGUCCCCGCUACCCUCCAGACCACAUCCGGAGCUGAGUUCAUCCCAGAUGAAGAGGUUUUCCCUCUCCAUGGUUUCAAUCCCAAAGUUAAUGUAACUCCAAAUGUUGCAUGGUUCCAGCCAUACAACCCCAUCCCGGAGUAUAUAAAACUUUGCUGUACAAUCGGAUUCAACAUAGAAUCUUAUGAUAUCGUAGGUUUCACCCUACCGAUGCCAAAUAUGUACAAUUCUCUGACCGAGAAUAACAGCAACUAUAGAAUUGGAUUAAUCCCAUUUGAUUAUAUCCACUACAUAGAAGGACAAAUCGGUGGAAGAACCGAAAUAUGUGAAAUCACACCCUAUGAUGAGUUUAACCAACCUAUUGGUUUUGCUUUUCGCGAUAUGUCUCGCGUCGUCAUACCCAUUUUUGCUCUCCAUAACUCAAGUGUCUCCUCAACCCAGACCUACGGACUACACGCUACACCUAACUGUAACGAUGACCUUUCCUCCUGGACUUACACUGCUUGGACCAAAAACACCCAGCCCCCUAUCGAGAAGAAAUCCAUCUAUCUAUGGUCUUCCUAUCGCGUAGUAGACAAGGCUACAUCCCCAGAAUUCAAAGUGUCCUUUUACGGAUCUCUUCGACCACUUUACGGUCUAAGUGUCCCUCACUAUCGAACUGGCCACCCUUCCAUAAUUACCCCUCAGUAAUACCUACAGCUGAUUUCCAGCUUAGAUUUUUUUUUAAAUUAGUAAUAUUUUCUAACAUGAAUGAAAAGAAACGUUAAUGAGUUCCAAAGAGACAGCGUUAAAAAAUGGUAAAGGAUAAAAGAUUUAAAUCAAUCGAGAAAAUAAUGUAUGACGCGGACCUUCAGAUGACUGAAACACCCAAAAGGAUAUGCCAAAUCGCAACCUAUACCGAGCCAUAACACAAGCAGGUAACAAAAAUUACGCUCGAAUUCCUUGUAGAGGAAUUAGAGCAACACGAGGUAAUCAAAAAUUUAAAAAAAGGACGUAGUGGAAGGAAACCUGAUAAACGUAGAAGACAGGACGAUGAAAGUAGUAUUUGUGGAAUCAAAUGAUUCUACUGGAUCUAAUAAUAUACAAAGACUGUACAAGGAAAAGUAUCCAAAACUACUAAGUCUAACCGGGAAGUUGGAAGUGAUCGAGCAGAUCACGAAGAUAAAAUCAUUGAGCCAACGUAAGAUUAAAGGGUUACUAAUAAUGAUAUAACAAAAAAUUUAUGGAGGAACUGGAAAAGAUAAGAAAAAUUCAGGUAUUUUGCUCUUUAUAUUUUUGACAAUUUCUUUUUUAAACCUUUUGUUAUCGGUUUUUACCAUGGACAAAACAAAUCUAAUUCUUUUAAUGAAUUUCUCGAACCUUUUUUUGAAAAAAUGCUAGAUGUUCAAAAUCAUAACAAAGUUUUUAAAGAUAAAAUUAUUAAGGUAGAAAUUAAUGCGUUAAUUUCUUAUGCUCCAGCUAAAGUAUAUAUAACUUAUGCUAAAAGUCAUAAUGGGUAUUAUGGGUGUGGAAAAUGCAUUCAAGAAAGCCGUUUUGGAACAAAAUAGUACUUUAAGGACAGAUGAGUCAUUUAAAAAUAAGUAUAAUGAAGAUCACCACACGGGAGCAACUAGACAAUGUCGUAAAAUUUUACUUUAUGCAGGCAUGAUCAUUUUAUGUAAUGUUUUUUUCUGACAAUAUAUACCAUCACGUUUUGCUUUUUUGCUGCUAUCUUACUUCAUUAGAAUUUUAACAUCACCAAGUACAAAAUUACACAGGGUUAAUCGAAUAUUUUAUAACAAGGUCGGAAAUGUGCCUGAAGAUCAAUACUUAUAGCAUACUGAAGAGAAAGAGCAAGAAAAGAGAAAACGGACGACAAGGAGAAAGCAAAACAAGGAGAAGUUCAUGAGUUGACUCAAGAUUUACAGUCAAAUUGGCUCCUCUCACAAAAGCCAGUGCUUUUUAUUACAGGAAAAAGCUAAAUGUGCAUAAUUUGACUAUGUAUAACCAAUCAUGAUGUUUCGUGCUAUUGGCUUGACAAAACAGCUUCCGACUUUUCCUCCUCAUUCAUGUAGUAAUGAUACAUUAUCAAAAAUUCUGGAACAAAAAAGAUUACCCAUUAUACUUUGGUCUGACAGGUGUAACUAUCAAAACAGAAAUACCGUUCUGUCCAAUGUUCUACUGAUUAUAAGGCAGAAAUAUAAAGAAGUCACAAUUGAACAAAAAUGUUUAUUUAACCAAAGGUCACACUCAAAUGUAGUGUGACUCACAAUUUAUCUCAGUUAUGUAAUGAUGCACAGAAGUUCGGUUGACUUGACCAUUUUAGUGCUUUCCCAGCAAAAUCUUUUAUGCAACAUAUAAAACAACAAAUAUGUCUUGAUUCUGGUAAACGCUUACAACUUGUAAAAAGACCUGAGGAGGAAAAAAUCAGAUUCAAGAAAUAUAUUUAUGUUAAUAUUAAAAAUAAAGAUAGACAGUAAAUCUUAAUGAAUUUAACUUGAAAGGUUUUUAUUACCAAUAGGUCACCAAAUAAUUUGUGUUUAUUGCGAAAUGGUGAAUAUGUUGAGAUUUUUGAAAUAACUAAAAUAAAUAACAAAAUUUCAAUUAAAGACUAAAUUCACUCAUUCCUUUUUUUAACGAACCUGCAGAUCCUAGAAGACUUGUUGUUGUGUUUUCGUUGCUGACUCUUACAGUAACUAAUAUUUCAGAUAGAUCUAAAGGAUUGUGUUUUAGGGAUGCGAUAUACAUCCCGUCAUGAGUCAAUUGGUUUUUACCCAGCAUUUUUAAAUUUUUGAAGGGAGUUAGUCGUCCCCAAAUCCCUACGAGAAGGAACUGGCAACCAAUCUGCCGAAACCGAACUGAUUGAAGAGGAAAAUCCCGAAAUAUUUUUCCAGAGAAUAGGAACAACCUCAAAAAUGCGUCAGGAAAAGGCUCAAUCAGCUGCACAUAAAAUCUGUCUGUUGAGUCAGCUUAGUUGUUUCUGUUACAGUUAUGAAUUCCUGUCAAAUCCAGGUAGACGACAGGUUGAUAGUCAUCAAAGUACCCAAGAAGAGGCGAGUGAAUAAUUGUUUCGAGCUCGUCUCGUUGAGGCGCUUAGGACCCGACCCGAGGGAUCCAUAAUACCGUCACCUAUCUUCAUCGUCUCUUCCGCUCGACCUGCAUACCCUUACCUGGGACAGGGCCCCAUCGUUUACCGCUCAUUUCGAACCGCCCAAAACUAUUGUUUUGCAGGACAUAGUCCUGCCAUCAGGUGAGCCAGUGUUUCCCCUAACCCAUUUCCCCAGUUCAUCUGUGCCCGUAUCAAUUCCCCUUUCCAAGAUACUACUGCCCGAUCAAUGCCCCUUGGCGGAGUCCGUUAUCGACCAUCUGUGGUCCGACGCCGGAGUCGUCCUUCAGGAUUAUGAACCCUCGUCCGAUUUAUGCCUGUUUGAAGUCCCGCAUCGUCCCCAGUUUCUUUAUUGACUCACUACGGCGCGAAUUGGUGGUGGCUGCCGCUCAUCGACCCAUCUCCCCCACGUUGCUCUGACGAGCCCAAAGGCUCCGACCACACUCGCAUAACCCGCGCGUAUGUUACCGACUAAUAAUUCGUCAUGAGUCUGGGUGGACCCGAAUAUAUCUUCCCCCACCGUCCCGUAAUUAAUACCUGACCAAGCCUUGGGUCUAUGCAAUCAUUUCUUUCUCAAUCCCGUGGAGGAUCCUUAUGAUUCCAGGCACCGCGUUUUCUUUCAGGGCCGCCGCCCUGGCCCAGUAUCCUACUGUUAAAGACGUGGGUUUUCCCGCCACUUCUAGUAAGCCACGGGUAUCGACCGAAGAGCUAACCGAUGGUGUUGUUUUCAGCACGAGUGUCCCGAGCCGUCCGGCCAUCGUGCUGGAGGAAGGGGAGCAUAUUACGGAGUACCAAGAUAGCACCGGAGCUCCACGAAAUAUUCUGUUCUGACGGAAGACAAUGCCAGUUCCGGAGAUGAGGAAGGAAGGAACAACCGCUGUCUCCAGUCGGAAUUCGCCCACGCCUGAAUAUGAACUAGUUUCCGCUACACGUCCACAUGUCCCAACAUACCUUGUCGUGCGCCCCGAUAGCUGUUGGCCAUGUAGAGGCACCGAGCACCGACAGGAGGGCUGCAUCAAGGCCUCGGGACGUUGUCGCGAUUAUGUACCUGCGCAUCCAGUCGCCGGUAAUUUCUCCGUCGGCCUGUCUUCAGUCCGCUCCUCCCCACCAUAGAUGCUAAUUCCGCCCACCGCAGUUGCCCGAAUUAAUUGGGGUACCCCGAAUAACGACUGCCUACUCCAUUGAUAUGAGAGGUUAUUCAGACAUGUGAGCAACGCCAGAUUUGGCGUCGUUAUAGUUUAAUACAAUAAAAUUUAUAUUUUAUAAUAUUAUAAUAAAGUGAUCGUUCUAGCAAAGGUGUUAUAGUACCAGUCCCGAAAGUAAAUAUACAACAGUAAGUUAUGUCAAGUUGAAAUAAAAAGUUUUUACUAGAAAUUAAAAAAAAUAUUUACUGAGAAGACAUUCACAUAUUUCAAGUGAUGAGAAAGAGGACAGACAAGAACAAGAUGGUCCUUUAUUAAAAAAAAGUAAAUAUUCGAUGUUUAACAACUUUUUCAUCUUCAGUUUGUUCCAAUUCUAAGCUUCUAUAAAUGAUAUUGUGAUGCGGCCCGAACCCUGUGUAAGCGCGACGUUGGAAGUCUGCCACCCGACUCAUGCUCUAAACGACGUAAUCUUUUAGGAAUGCCGCUGACGCUCGAGAAACGGCCAGAACGGGUGACGCGUGCCGUUGAAUCAGAGAUGAAAUUUUCGGGAGCGUCUAGAGACUUUUCG